AGCAGUCUCUCUCUCUCCCUGUGUGUGUGUGUGCACUCGCUCUGCCCAGCUCCCCGUCCUCUUCUCAUCCUCCGCCACUGGCCUCUUUUCAGUUCUCCCUCGCCUCUGCUCCCUCGUUCCUUUCGACUAGCACCCGCCUCCUGGAUUUCCCUCCCCGUCUCGCCCGGGGGAAAGUGCCGUCGUGACUCGUCCGCUCCCAAUGCAAGAAAAGCAGUGCGGGAGGACGAGGAGGAUCUGAGAGAAACCAAUCGAUUCCUGUGAUCCUGAAGGGCGUUUCGGAGAGGAGAGGGGAGGCGCUGGCAGCAUUUUUCUAUCGGCUCUUUGGUUCCAGAGGAGAUUUUCUUUGGCUUGCAAUGGGGGUCAUCGGAAGCAUUUGAUGCACGUCCUUCCCUCGGAAGGAGAGGACAGCCGGUCGAAGAGACAGCUGUUGUAUAUUUGACUCAUCGAGGACUCUUCUUUCCUCAAAUCGGCCAACAUUUGGGACUCGGGAGGAAGAGUGCUUUUGAAUGAAAAGUUCAAUGUUUACAAGAUAAUUUGUCUCCAUUCUGAACAAUAAUGCUGGACACCAACCACUGCCUGUCCUUUGAGCCCUCCCCUCCGGGCUCUCCUCCAAUGGGAGAAGACAUGGAGAAGGCAGGACUCAUGAUGGACCAUGACAGACUUGUCUAUCUCAGCCUGAAAGAAGGUGGGCGAUCCGGACCUGCACAUAUCCUCCAGCUCAAACUCCAGCAGAGACGAACCAGAGAGGAGCUGGUCAGCCAGGGGAUCAUGCCACCACUGAAGAGCCCGGCGGCCUUUCACGAGCAGCGGAGGAGUCUGGAGCGAGCCAGGACCGAGGACUAUCUGAAGAGAAAGAUCCGGAGUCGACCUGAGCGCUCUGAGCUGGUCAGAAUGCACAUCCUGGAGGAGACGUCGGCGGAGCCGUCCCUGCAGGCCAAGCAGCUGCAGCUGAAGCGAGCGCGGCUGGCCGACGACCUCAACGACAAGAUCUCCCACAGGCCGGGCCCCAUCGAACUGGUUCACAAGAACAUCCUGUCGGUCGACUGCCCCGUGGACUCGCCGGAAGAUUCCCAGAAAGGAGACAGCUCGUCUUUAGACGAGGACAGCAGCGACGCUCUGUCCCCGGACCAGCUAAUCAAUCACGACUCGCCCCUGAGUGCCGUCCCCCAGCUGUCGCCUUCUGACGUAUUUUCCCAGAGCGGAGAUAUGUCUCCCACUCAGUUCAUCACACAGUCCCCUCCUCCACCUCCUCCACCACCACCACCACCACCUCCUCCUCCUCCUUCCCAGGUGAAUGGGUUGGACUCCUCCCAAUUCCCAAAAGUGACAGUUGGGACAAUGGGGACCUUAACAAACUCCCGCCCCUCUACUGGACACGUCAAGGUGCGGGCAAAGACGAGUUCAGACCGUCCUCCUCAGAGACCGAAGAAAGCAAAGGACAGCAAACCCAAGGUGAAGAAGCUGAAGUACCACCAGUACAUCCCUCCGGACCAGAAGGCCGAUAAGGAGCGUCCGCCCCAGAUGGACUCGUCCUAUGCGAAGCUCCUCCACCAGCAGCAACUCUUCCUGCAGCUGCAGAUACUCAACCAGCAACAGCAGCACUAUAACUACCACACCAUCCUGCCCGCCCCCCCCAAGCAACCGACCGAGCAGCAUCCCACAACCAACUCUGGCCCGUCCCCCUCCCGAAGUGUUUCCACGACGACCACCCCCACCCCCUCCAAUCCGAGCGGGACUGCCCGUCAGAACCAAAGCGCCGUGGGAGGAGCCAAGCCAAGCACUCUGCCCGCCAACCUGGAUGAGUUCAAAGUCGCCGAGUUGAAACAGGAACUGAAAUUGCGUGGUUUGACAGUCUCAGGCACCAAGAACGACCUUCUCGAGAGGCUCCGCAACUACCAGGAGCAAAAUGGCGGCACUUCAGCGGUUUCUAAAAAAAAUGGCAACCCGCAGGCCGCCAUCUCAGCUGCUGGCACCAUCACGUCCUCCCCAACCACGACCACCACCCCUGACCACCAAUCAGGAGAGGGCGGCUUUAAGUUAGAUCUGUCGUCAUUGGCUCAGGUGAUUCCCGGGCGCGUCAUGCGAUUCGGCAGCACCAGCUCCAGCCCUCCAAUGUCACCUACUCCCUCCGAGAGGUCGUUGGCCGGGAUGAGUCCGGAUGAGACGAGCUGUAAUGGAGACAUGUUUGGAGAGAUGGUGAGCUCUCCCCUGACCCAGCUCACCCUGCACCCUUCUCCUCAGCACCCAUCCAACAUCUCUCAGUUCUCCAUGGUCAAAGAGGAGAUGCAGAGCUCCUGCAGCCUCUCCAGGACUUCACCCGCCGUGUGUCAGCCUCCAGAGCCGCAGUCGGCAGUGGCCAUGGAGACGUCCUCUUUGGACAAGGACCAGAUGCUCCAUGAGAAGGACAAACAGAUCGAGGAGUUGACCAGGAUGCUGAGGCAGAAGCAGAGGCUGGUGGAGACCCUCCGCUCCCAGCUGGAGCAUGGCAAGGUGACCAGUGGAGUCGUGCUGAAGAGGGAAGAAAGUGAGAAGGGCAGAACCCCCGAGGUUAAACUUCCAACUCUAAUCAAAGCGUCCACCAUUCAGCCCCCCACUCUGCCCAAUGGCUCUGUGGUGACGGUGAAGAAGGAGGUGGAGCACGAGGAGCGGAUGGAGGGAGUGACGGAGGCGGUCCAGGCGAGGAAAGCCCCCCCGUCGAUGCAGUGCUCCCAGGAGACUCUCCUGAGGCUGCAGCAGAUUCAUCGGCUGCAACAAGCCGAGCAGCAGAAAGAGUCGCUGCAGCUCAAACAGCAGCAGAGCCAGGAGCAACUGCACAAGGCGGCAGAGGCCACGUCGAACCCUCAGAAGCUGCAGCAGCAGAAGAAAGAAGCCCAGCUCCUGCUCCAUCAGCAGAAGCAGCUGCAGCAACUAAUCAUACAGCAAACCCAACAGAAACAGCAGAGGCUGGCGCAGCAGAAGCUCAGUCAGCAGAGGCUGGUGCAGCAGAACCAGCUGAAACAAACUCAAGUUCAACAAAGCCAACAGAAGAACCCGGUCCAGCUGAAGCAAGUUCUGCAGAUCCAAAGGCCUGCAGCGAACCAAAGCCAGCAGAGGAAGCAGCUGAGGGCUCAGCAGCGGCAGCAGGAGAGGCAGCAAGCGGCAGCUGUCACCACACAGCAGGUGACCCCAGUCUUUGUCAACCAACAGAACGGUACUCAGGCCCUUUCAUUAGACCUCCUCAAGGCUAACGGCACCCCAACACUCGUCACCGAUAGCAACGGAAACCACUACCUAAUUGCUCUGACCAGUCCCGUCGCCGAUGGACAGAACGGAGUGUCCUCAUUGGCCAAAGCCAAUGGACGCAUCACACUGCAGAGGCUGCAGUCGAGUCCGAGUAAACUCCUCAGCUCUGAGAGCCAAUCAAAAGAGCCAGCAGUGGCUGAGCCAAUCAAAAAGGGACAGAAGGCAGGGCUGCAACUGGACACCAAUGGCGUGCCUCCACCCAGCCUGUCAGUCACCGCUCCGCCCAAUCUGCAUCCUUUCUUUGAAGACAUGUCGGAUAGUGAAAGCCAGAUCAACUUAAUGUCAUCCUUUAAGAGAGAGGUGUGUCCGCCUUAUGACCGGCACACACUGUUCACCCCUCCCUCUCCCAAACCAAACACCUCCCUUCCUACUCAACGCUCCAAAGAGAACGGCGUCAACAGUCAGCAAAUGGACGACCUGUUUGACAUCCUGCUGAAGAGCGGAGAACUCCCCGGCUUUAAAUCCAACCCGGACCCUUCCCUCGCCCCCCUCCACUCUGACCCGCCCUCCCCGUCCUCUCCCCCGUCUCCCCUCCACCACCUGUCCCCCCCCACCCCUGCGGAGUCCCUCGUCUCCCCCCAGGCCUCUGUGGGGGAGCCCUGCACGUGCAGCGGGCGUCUGGAGGACUUCCUGGAGAGCACCACUGGGGGGCCGCUCCUCGGCGUGGAGCCCGGCGGCGGCCUGACGCUGAUCGACGACCUCCACAGCCAGAUGCUGAGCACGCCCAGCAUCCUGGAGCACCCGUCCUCCCCGAUGGACACGUCCGACCUGGGCUUCUCCCCCCACCCGGUGGUGCUGGACUUCGGCGACCCCACCCUGGACAGCAUGGACUGGCUGGAUAUUUCCAUGGUGGGGAUGGCCGGCGGCGGGGGUGGGGGUCGAGGAGGAGGAGGAGGAGGAGGAGGAGGAGGAGGAGUGGGGGGAGACGGAGACGGAGACGGGGGAACGAGCCUGGCCCCGCUGGUGCCGCACACCCCGCCGAGCGUCUUCUCCACCGACUUCCUGGACAGCUCGGACCUGCAGCUGCACUGGGAGUCGUGUCUGUAGCUCCUCCCCCUCCCGCCCGCACUGUGUACAGGCGGCGUCUUUAUUUCAUGCACAAGUAGACACCUUUUUGUAUGCUGUCUCAACCACUGCGGGGCUCACUGGCACACGCAAACACACACUUCUACACACUGGCUCUGUCUGUAUGCAGGAUGAGGUCCGAUGAGGAAGAAACAAAUUCUUAGAAAAAGGGGGUUCAGUUCCACUUGAACUUAGUGGAACUGGAGUGGACUUUUUGUAAUUGACUCUCUACGGGGGGUCCAUGCAGCAGACUGUUCUCAUCCGAGGUGAUGUAAUGCUUUGAAAGAAUGGCGCGCGGGGGGUGGGGGGGGUAGGGGUGUGUCUGGCUCCUCCACACGGCAUGGCGUGUCAGUGCCUCCUAAACUUUGCACUUAUGCUGAAUCUGAUUGGUUUGGAGGGGGUUGGAGAAUCCCACCCGUCAGUCCCUUUUUGAAAUGAACCAUAUCAGUGGCAACAUUUGAACUGAAGCCUCGUGGGAGGUUGUGUAUUAUUGGUAACUUUAUGGUAGACCACUAUGUAUUGCUGUAUAUGGGGUGUAUAUUAUCAAUCGUCCACGGGACUAUUUUUCUUCACUGGUUGCUGUAGAGCGGAGGUCAUCAGCUGGGGAACGUAGGGUGAGGCGGGGCUUCCUGAAAAAAGAUUGGACCUCGUCAUUUUUUUUAAAGAAAGGAAAGUUUGAAAAAAAUAAAUAUAUUAUAAAAUCACAA